AUGCGCCCCAUCGGCAUGAGCAUGGGCAACGUAGUCGAGGGCAAGCUGUUCAGCCUCGUCACUGGCCUAGCCGCCGGUGCAGCCCUCUCGCUCGGUGAUAUACCCCCUAAGGACUUGAGCGUAGCUAUAAGGGCUGUCGCUUCCAAAUCAGCUUGGGUGGGGGCAUCUGAGACCCUUUUAGGGGCAAAGGUGUCGUCCCUAAGCCAAGAACAGUCAUGUCUCUGA